GCGCCUCCACCUGGGCGGGGAAGGAGCGGUGGCUGGACCAUCCGCGCUCUCCCCACCCCCGCGGCGCCCCGGCCGAGGCGCGGGGGCCGUAGGAGGUGCCGAGUGGCCGCGUCGCCGCGGAGAUGGCGCGGCACGUGCGGUGACGGUGCCCGCGCCCCGAGGGUCCCAGCCCUGUGCCCCGCGUCCCCGGGGCGAGCAUGGAGCGCCCGGAGCCCGAGCUGAUCCGGCAGAGCUGGCGGGCGGUGAGCCGCAGCCCGCUGGAGCAUGGCACCGUCCUGUUCGCCAGGCUGUUUGACCUGGAGCCAGACCUGCUGCCCCUCUUCCAGUACAACUGCCGCCAGUUCUCCAGCCCAGAGGACUGCUUGUCUUCCCCCGAGUUCCUGGACCACAUCAGGAAGGUGAUGCUGGUGAUCGAUGCUGCAGUGACCAACGUGGAGGACCUGUCCUCCCUGGAGGAGUAUCUGGCAGGCUUGGGCCGGAAGCACCGGGCAGUGGGCGUGAAGCUCAGCUCCUUCUCGACGGUGGGUGAAUCCCUGCUCUACAUGCUGGAGAAGUGCCUGGGCCCUGCCUUCACACCCGCCACGCGGGCUGCCUGGAGCCAGCUCUACGGGGCCGUGGUGCAGGCCAUGAGUCGGGGCUGGGGUGGCGAGUAAGAGACGGCGCUGUCCAGUGGUUUCCACCUGGUAACCCCCGUCCCCACCCCCGCCUGUCUGUGUCUGUCUGUUGGUCUGUGUCCAUCGUAGCCCAGGCUCCCCUAGGCCUCCCUGCCUCGUGGUCCUUGUCCCCUUGGCUGUGCCAGGGAGGUGAUGGAGCAGGGCUGGGCCUCAGUCCCGCUCACCCCCAACCGCAGGUGGGGUGGCUUUUCCUUUCCCAUUUCCUCCAGUUUCCCCUAGCUUCCUCUCUGCCGGCCCAGCCUUCCCCUCUGGCCUCCCCACCCCCUCCUCCAGGAGGAAGAGCAGCCUUUUGGUGGCAGAGGUGGCAUGGGGCCCAGGGAGGGUGGGGGGAGGCAUGGGGCUUUGAGGGGUGGGCGCUCCCAUCCUCCUCCCUGCCCGGGUGAGCCUGGGCUGAGGCGGGCAGUGGGCUGGCUGAGGUUCGAGCACCUUCCCAGCUCGCCUGCCCUCAGCACGUUUCUCUCCCAGCAAUGUGUUUGCUUUGCACAAGGAGAGGAGUGGGACAGCUCCGGCCUUCGUGGCGGAACCCCAGGCAGCCAAAGCAGGUGGCCGGAGACCAGCUGGCUCUGUGACAGGGCCCCUCUGGGUCUUGGGGAGGGGCAACCUCACAGAUGCCCCCCGACAGAGUAGUUUUUCUUUUCUUGUGUCAGAUGGAAACUCCCCUGUAUCUCUGUAGGAAGCAGCUAUCCAGCCAGGGUGGGUGGGCUGGGGAAGGGCCAGGAAGCUGGGGGGUUCCUUCCCGAGAGAUCCGAGUCUGCUCCCUAGCCCUGACUCCUACAGAGCCUGAGGCUUAGCCCCUGCCCACCCGCACCCCUUUCUGCCUCUGCCCACACCGACAGCAGGUCCAGGGCUCCCAUAUCUAAUACCUGCUGUGUGCCUGUACCUGGGCUUCCCAGGCGCCGCGAGCAGUAAAGAGCCUGCCUGCCAGUGCAGGAGACGUAAGAGACGCAGGUUCGAUCCCUGGGUCGGGAAGCUCCCCUGGAGGAGGGCGUGGCAGCCCACUCCAGUAUUCUUGCCUGGAGAAUCCCCAUGGACAGAGGAGCCUGGUGGGCUACGGUCCAUAGGAUCUCAAAGAGUCGGACACAACUGAAGCGACAGCAUGCACGCGCAUGUGCCUGUACUUAGCAGGGUUGAUGGACAACAGCAAGAGAGUCCGCCUUCCCACGCUCUGAACUGUCUCCACUUUUAUCUUUUGCUGCGUGCCGUGGUUGUAUAAACACACGAGAAAUAAACCUGUUCUGUGUGCCU